UCACACCAUUGUAGACUAGCAGAGUUUCAAAGAACUAUGAUAAUUUCAUUCUUGUUUAUUAUAGCUUGACGUUACAUCGGUGUACAUAACAGAGGAGUUCGGUUCCUCAGAAUUUCCGAAUCCGGAUGGGACGUUUGAUUGCCUUCGGGAGUCGCCUUCUGGCACGUAUUACCAAGUGGAGGGAGAACCACAUCAAGGCAUGACUCAGGUUAGAAACCUACCGACAUCAACGGUCAAUGACAUCGGCGCGUUUCGAAGGCCAACAAUGUUGCAUACAUCUUCGUCCACGAUGUCGCGUAAACGUGUAGGUGCGGCUGCGGAGAACUAUGUUUUAAAAGUUAUUCUGGCGGAUAUAGAGAACAAAAAAAUCGUUAAUCAGAAACGAAUUUCGUUUAUAACAAUAACGGAAGCAGAAGCAAACGUCGACGCAAUCACGGAGAUGGCAAAAACACGAUUCGAAGAUCGAACGUUGGUGUUAGUGCAAGGAGGUGGUUUACGAUACGAGGACUCCGCAGCCACAAGAGGAAUAAGCUUCUGGAAAGCCGCGGCUCGGAAGGUUUAUGCAGUAAAAGCCAAUGAUCUCGAAACAUUUGAUUAUUUUACGCCACGAAGAACAAGCACACAGUCCAUUAAUUUUGAAGAAAUAAAGGAAAAACUUGCUGACCUCACCAGCCUCGUCCAAUCUGGCGUGAUUUUAACUUGUGUGGACCAAGAUACACGAGAGGCAGCACAACGAGCAUUAUCAUCUGUAAAGAUCUGUGAGAAGGCAAAACAAAGCUUCGAGUGCUUGAUAUGUCGUGGGUUGAGCCGGAGUCCGGUGAAAAUGGGUUCCUGCUGCAGAAGAAUAAUUGGUUGUGGCGAAUGUGUAGAUCGCUGGUUUUUAGAAAAUCAAAAUUGCCCACAUUGCAGGUCCAACGAACUCGACGCAAUUUUUGAAACUAAUAAUUUUGAUGGAGUGCUUGCAGAAAUACGUUCUGUCUUUCCGAAUUAAAUUUUAUAAAACACCAUCGUUCUUUUGAAAAUCUUUCUGAAUACUUUUUCAAAACUAACAUUGAUAGCGUUACUGACUUUGCGCACCCUUCUUCAUAGAGCCUCAAAAAUUACCUUUUUCUACAUUAUUGAUUUGACGAUGAUCGAUCACUCAAACUAUCUUUACAUAGUUUUAAGGCGGUUCGAUGUCAAAAAAUUAUUUCUUAUUUAUUUUAGCUUUUAGUUUAUUUUAUGUACUAUAUACUUAAAACGGAGAGAGGAAGGCAAAAAUCUUCUUACCACUGUUUUUUAUGACCCGGUUUUUAUCUGUCACAGUGUAAAUAUUUUUAAUUUUGUAAAAACUUGUAUUUUUUAUGUUUCAAAAUAUAUUUUAUUCUUCACAA